AUGGAAACCAACUUUACCCUCCUUCUGAAUGGGUCUCAAGAGGUGUUCCAUGAUUCUCCCACCUCCAAUGUUCUGUGGUUCUUGUCACUGGUGGUUCCCACCAUCACCUCUGCUCUAGGUAUGUUGCGCAAUGGGCUUGUGAUCUGGGUGGCUGGAUUCCGCAUGGCACACACUGUCAGCACCAUCUGCUACAUGAACCUGGUUGUAGCUAACUUCUCUUUCACUGCUGCCCUGCCAUUUCUCAUUGUUUCAAUGGCCAUGAAAGAAAAAUCUUUUGGCUGGUUCCUUUGCAAAUUAGUUCACAUCAUGGUUGACACAAAUCUGUUUGGAAGCAUCUUUCUGAUCUCUCUCAUUUCCCUGGACCGCUGCAUUUGUGUCCUGCAUCCUGUCUGGGCCCAGAACCACCGCACCAUGAGCUGGGCCAGGAAGGUGAUGGUGGGACCCUGGAUUCUUGCUCUCAUCCUUACCUUGCCACGUUUUCUCUUCCUGACUACAGUAAAACAUCCCACAGGGGAUGUGUACUGUACUUUCACCUUUGCAUCCUAGGGUAACACCCUUGAGGAGAGGUUGAAGGUUGCCAUCACCAUGCUAACAACUAGAGGAAUCAUCAGGUUCAUUAUUGGAUUCAGCAGGCCCAUGUCCAUUGCCAUCAUCUGCUAUGGUCUCAUUGCUGCCAAGGGACGCAGAAGAAGCCUUGUGAAUUCCAGCUGCCCCUUACUCAUCCUGACAGCUGUCCUGGUUUCCUUCUUCAUCCAUUGGUUUCCCUAUCAUCUGAUUGCCCUUCUGGACACAGUCUGGCUCAAAGAGACAUUGUUUGGUGGUGAUUACAAAAUCCUCAACAUCCUGGUCAACCCAAGAAGCGUCCUGGCCUUCUUCAACAGCUGCCUCAACCCAGUGCUCUAUGUCUUCAUGGGCUAGGACUUUGGAGAGAAACUGACCCACUUCCUUCCUGCAAGUCUGGAGAGGGCUCUGAGCAAGGACUCAGGCCAAGCCAAUGACACAGGUACCAACUGA